GCCAAGCGCCUUCGCGAGGAGCACGCUCAGAAGCAACUGGUCAUCGACGAGCUGGUUGCCGAGCUGACGGUGCUCUCGGACUCCCUGGCCGAGGCAGAUGACGAAGUCGCGCGGCUGGGGGUGGAGGUCCAGCGCUUGGGCGCCGACCGAGCCCCUCCGCACACAACUGGCAAGUUCACGCUCCAUGAGCUGCUGCCGAAGUUCAAUGUCAACGUCCAGCAGCUUGGCGAGUUGGCCGUGGAGCUCGGCUUGGGCCCCAGCCUUCAGGCGGAGCUGGAGAUGUCGGCCGACGUCUCCGGGAUGCUCCAAGAGCCCCAGGCGAAGCUGCCGGCGGCCCAGGUGCCGGUCCUCGCUGAGGAAGCCGCCAGGAACGACAUGGAUAUCGACAUCGACCUCAUGAAGUCCGCCGAGCUGCGGGAUGCGUUGGAGGCGGCAGGACUCACGCAGCCUGACGAGGCCACCGACGCAGACAUGCGGGUGGCGUUGAAGC